AAUGAAAGCUCUUACAAUUGAUUUGGUGAGAGCAAUAUUUCAGCACAUAAACAAAGAAGAGUCGUCGAAGGCUAUAUUGGCUAAAGUUUCCAUAUCAUGGCAGAUUGGACCAAGAAGACAAUCCUUAGAAACGAUGCCCUUCUUCAGUACAUCUACGAAACAAGUGCCUCUCCCAAAGAGCAUGAGCAAUUGAAGGAACUAAGAGAGGCCACCGUCCACAAGUACAAAGAUAUGAGCGUGAUGAAUGUGCCGGUCAAUGAAGCACAACUUCUAUCACUGCUAUUGAAGAUAAUGAACGCCAAGAAAACACUGGAAAUUGGAGUUUUUACAGGCUAUUCCCUUCUUGCGACUGCCCUUGCGUUGCCUGAGGAUGGCAAGGUAAUAGCCAUUGAUACAGACAAAGAAGCAUACGAGACAGGCUCACCCUUCAUUAACAAAGCUGGAAUGCACCAUAAGAUCAAAUUCACCCCUUCGGAUGCCUUCUUGAUUUUAGAUGAUCUCAUUCAAAAUCAAUAUGACCAAGACAUUAAUUUGUUGAGUGGGAUAUAA